AUGCCGGAUGCUACACCUCAGAGCAGGUCCUUCUUGGACUCCUUUGCGGUGGAAUACUACGCAAACAAUGAUGAUGACUGGGAUCGUCCAUCAGCGAUUGUCAUUACAGAAAUUCUAUGUCGCAAUUAUCCGGAGAAGGCCUUCGAACCCAUAGAUGGCAGUUCGGAUAAAAUCAUUCCUCUUCACUUUGCCGCGCGAGAAGGCGCUGUCGGACUGGUCAAGACUAUGGUUGAAGAUCUCCUCAGCCAUUUGAGACGGCGGAAUCCCACCCUGGAGGUCCAGGACAUUAAGGGAAAAGCGAGGCAAGAAUUCUUGUCAAGAAAGGAUGGAAGCGGCAAAACAGCGUUCGUUUGGUCACUUGAAAGGUCACGAUUCGAUGUUUUGGAGUUCUUCCUGCAAGAAUAUCCAGAGCUUGCUGAUAUCGAUAGUAUCAGACUCAUCAUUCAAAAGACAGCGAUUCAUUCACAGUCGGGAGAAGCAACCAUUGACGACGGCCAAGGUAUCCAAAAGUCUCCAUUGGAGGGUUUCAAAUUGAUGAUUGAGAAGUUCAUAACGACUCAAGAGAACGAGAUAUGGAACAGCAUUUGGGCAGAAGCAAUUGAAUCAUCUUCUCUUAAGAUCAUCGACUUUCUAUUGAAGGAAAGUGGACCAGAAGUGGCAGAGAAAUUUGUUACUCAAAACAGCGCGGAGUUAGUCAUGAAGAAGGGUAGCAGGGCAAUCUGGCAACACUUCGAUUACGAAUCACGCCAAAAGUUUGUCGGAAAGCCAGAAGAGAAGAAAGGUCUCCUGCAUUUGGCAGUGGAAUGGCGAAAUGCUGAGCUCGUGGAUGAACUGAUUCGAGAGUUCCCAGAUCAGGUCGAAGUUGAAGUCGAAGCUAAAGCUGAAGUCAACUCGACGUCGAUGGAGAAGAAGCCAUUGAAGGGGCAAAAGCCGAAAAAUUUGCUAUAUCCAAUGCAACUAUUGGCUAAAGAAACAACUCAAGAAGCAAAGCGCAACAAGGUUGCUGUGGCAAUCAGACAAAGAAUUCGGGACUCGCUGCUACACGCCAUGAUCCGCAGCACAAAUGAGGAUCUUGGAAUCAGGGAAAUACGCCGUAUACUGAAACUAUCAAAAGUUGAUGAGUUGGAAAGCCAGGGAGAGAAGGUGAACAAGAGGUUCAAGUUUGAGAGAGUCCUGAAGUAUGUGAAGUGUCCGAGCCUACACUCGCAUGCUCAGGCGACUACUCAGCCUUUGGGUAUAGCCGCCACCCUUCGUACAGACUACAAUGAGAUGGAGAUCAUGUACAACUGGUUACAGAAAAGGGGAGUCCACCAGAUACUUGAGUUGUCUGUCCCAGACCGCCUAUUCUCACCUCAGUCCGACGACAUCGUGGAAAAAAAGCACUUGCAAGAGCUUCACCUUUACAGCAGCGGGAAUUCAUCGGUUCAUGAACAAUGGUACCGAGAGCUACCGAACUUUCCAAAGUUGACAAAGCUUUGCGUGAACGUUGUCACGGAUAUUCUCAGCUUGGAACGCACAAGGGAAGUUAAGACAGAGCUCCGGAAAAGGUUGAACGACUUCAACAGUAUCAUGGAGAACGGUCGUUGCACAAAAAGAGUGAGAGACAUUUCGGUGCUUGAAUACAAUUGGGAGGCAGACGGAGGACGUCAAACAUAUCGCCGUGCGCCAGAAAUAACGAAUGACGUCGUCGGGCCUGAACUGGGUGCUUUUAUCAGAAAAUAUCAGGCCAUAACCAGCCAGAAGGCAGAGGUUACAAGAACCAAGGUAGCAGUCAUUGACAGCGGAAUUGUGAUUGUCAGUGGCAACAAUAAGAAAUCAGCACGAGCACAGCCAUUCGAAGCAAGCUCUACGAUAUCCAAUGGCAAAUCAAAGCUGAGAGUGGAAGAAGCGAGUCCUGAAAGGCCCAAUGCGAGUGACCUGAUUCAUUGCGUUGAGGUUGGCAGGUCUUUCGUGUAUACGGGCGACGAAGAGGAGGAAGUCUGGUGGCACGCUUCAGAGCCUCAUGGCACGCAGAUGGCGCGGCUUAUUUGCUCCGUGGAUCCAUGCUGCCAGCUCUAUGUCGCCAAAGUGGCGGAGACACGACAGAGAGGAAUCUCGCCAGCUAUUGUUGCAGAAGCUAUACGAUGGGCGGUACAACAGGAAGUUGACAUUAUCUCGCUCAGCCUCAGAGACAUUGUCAUUUUAUGCAGCACCAAUGACGAAGGUGCUAUAGCGAGGCCAUCGACUUUCGACAGGCUAACGCUUGUCAACAACCAGGACAUUCUGGCAAUUGCUGCAUGUAACCAAUAUGGCCGCUUGUUGGAGAGCAGUCAAGACGACUACAGCUAUGGCUUUUUUGGCCACAAAGUUCACGUGGGACAGAUACCCUUCCUUCAAUCGGAGGAGCAUGUGAGCGGCAGUUCCGUAGCCACUGCAAUUGCGGCUGGAGCGGCAUCACUCAUCCUUGCAUUUUGCAGACUUUCCAAGAAUUGCGAAAUAGAGCCCGGCAUUGACUGGAGAUCCAGAAAAGUGCGCGAUACUUUCCAACGGAUGAGCGAGGGUGACAGCAUCAGAUACGUCCAUCUCAAGAAUCUGUGCGGAAAGGGGAAAUCGCUCGAGACUGUGGACUUUGAGGCUACGAUAGACAAUGUGUUCAAGUAG